AUGGUCCUGCCAUGUGUUGCUGCUUUAAGUAAUAUUAUUUUUUUUCUUCUUUUUUUUUACAAUAGAUUCUACAAUGACUUACAAAUAUGCCUGGAAAACAGUGCUGAUAUCCUUUCUCUUGCAUACCCUAAUGAAUUGGCACAUUCCGCAAUUCUAAAUGCUCAUCAAAAGUUUUUCAGCGGUUGUGUUCUGCCUAAAGAAUUCAUGGAUCCUCCAGAGAAUGUGUUGCUGGCAUUAAUAUUUGCACCGAUCUGUAUAAUUCCUUUUCUGGUUACCCUUGUUGUCUAUAAGAGCAAUACUAGCAAACCACAAACUUAG